CGCAAAUUUAUAUAUAAAACGCGAAAAUCGUCAUUCCUUAUCUUGGGAUCCCACCUAGACCAUUUUCGAUUUGAAACAGGAAGUAAUGGAGGCACAGGUUGAAGCGAUAAGUUCGAACCUGAAGCAGAUAGAGACGACCAGCAAAUUAGUGCUGAAGGGACUCAACCAGCUCCGAGACUCCAGCCAUGAAUGCAACUGCAAAGAAGAACUACAAGAAACGCAGACUGAAAUCAGAGCUGUUUCAACACGAGUAGACGAACUCCAGAGUCACCGUACCAGUCUCGUGGACACUCAGAAUGACAUUCAAACUCAGAUCAACGAGAUGAGAGCUCGGAUGGAGGAGAUGCAGCAAACACUGCUAGCCGUACAGACGGACGAUUUAAAACUGCAGAAGAAGUCAGAACAGACAGACGAUGGAGCGGACACUCUAUCGGAAAAGCAUGUUGCAAGCGCCUUCACAGACGCUGCGGAACAUUCGGAGCCGUUACACAUUGUGAGUGUAACAUCCGAAAAAAGCCCUAAAACAGAACUAAAUGUAAAGACAGUGAAAACAAACACUACACAUAACACUGACUCUGUAACGGCAGUGGCCUCAGUCGAUAAAACGUCGGGAACUACUUCGAGGAAAGAAACAAAGGCAGCUGAAAACCCUGUUUCAAAACACAUACACACACAAUCUGCUAAACUAAGUGCUAGCGACAAAAUGGUCAGUCGCCCAAAUUUUCAAUCGAAGCCCGCCCCUUCAGAAAAGGAGACGGCUGAAAGCAAGUACAUGACCGAGGGAACAAAGAAGGACGAGGGAGCCGAAGGAUUGCAAGUGGAGGUGGUCCGCCAGACGCGGAAGGAGUUCAUGCUCUUAGGAGAGGCGGGCUGGAGGUCCAUAGCACAGACAGCAUUGGAUGAAACGACCCAGAAGAUGAAGGAUCUGGAGGGUGUGAACGCUGUCAUCUGCCUCGACAUAUCUGAGAGUAUGGCCACUUGUAACGCCUGGGUGCAGGCACGGACAUUCGUCUGCAACUACCUAACAGGUCUGGAAGAGUGCAGACGGGAGUACGCGUCACGUGGACUAGAGGUUCAGAACGUUGCCCUGGUAACCUUCGGUCACGAGACCAAGAUCCAGGCACUCCUGACUAGCGACUACAACAACGCCAGAAAUAUCCUUGAAAAUCUGAAACUUGGCGGACCCAGCCCUCUGUUUGGUGGACUUGUGUAUGCCAUGGCAGCAGCAUGGUCACCUAGACAACAACAGAAGGUGAUAAACGGUGUCAUGGUGAACACGAAAAUUAUUCUUGUGACGGAUGGGCGGCUGUCGGAGCUGUCGCUCACCGCCGGCCCGGACAUGGCCGACAACGACAUGGAUGCGACGAGGACAGCAAUUCUGAAUUUGAUGCAGACGUUCAGCCUGAGGGACAAUGACAUGUUCUUUAUUCCCGUGGGAGACUGUGACAGGGAGUUUAUCGAGCUGAUGAGCACUGUGGCUGAGGGAAAGGUAAAGGACGUCAAGUAUGGUCGACGUCUCGCCCGACGUCUCCACCUCACUCACCUAACGCACCUGGAUCCGCUUGGUCUGACCGCAGGGCUGUUUUCGGGGCUGCAGUCACGAGACCCUUCUCUCUCCGAGGAAGACAAGGAGGACAUGAAGGAGAUACAAGAAGACGCAAAACGUCAUUUCAUGAAGGUCAUCAGCUCCGGGGUCGGGUCUGGGUCGGAGGACAUGUAUAGGGACACGAACAGCAAAACACGUCCGGCGGUGGGAACGCGUGUGCGUCGGGGACCAGACUGGCAUUGGAAACAACAGGACAGCGAUGGACCGGGAACCGUAAUAGGACAUUCUGCUGAUGACGUGCACGUAUGGGUUGAGUGGGACGCGGAUGAACACACGAAUGCUUAUCGUUACGGAAAUGGAGAUUACGACCUACUUAUUGUGGAUGAGCCUCGCGUCCCUCCGCCUGGGAAGAAGGUCGCGGUCGGCUGCCUCGUCAAACCUGGUAGCAAAGACGGGAGUUCAACUGGCAAGAAAAUGAGGGACAGCGGCGUUGUUGUCAAAAUGAGUCCACCUACGGCACUGGUUCGAUGGGAUGAUGGUAAGAGAGGGGAGUACAGCUACGGCGAGGGCGGGAAAUACGAAAUUGAAUUCUGCAAAAGCGGCAGAAGCACGUCAAUGGGAUACAGGCUGGAAUCGACCCCUGAAGCCAGUGGGCAGACGACGAACUUUUCCGUCGGUGGGGACCAAGAAAACGCGACCACAACGCCGUGGAAAAAUAAGAACAAAAACAAAAAUGCCAAUGUGAACAAAUAGGCACAACUCAGUCGUCUUGGAGGUUUUGUUCUGUUAUGUACUUACUUAGUCCAUACAUUUUGACAGUUUAUGAAAAGGAUGAAAAUGAGCAGGCAGUCGACAAUGCACAGAAAAUAACAUUCGCCAAACAGUAUUUAUUGUCUUGGUGCGAUCGUAGUCACACAGUUUAAUUCACAUAAAUAUUAUUGUUAUAUAUGACACUAAGAAAAUUACAACUAACAACUGAAAUCACUAAGCCCCUACAUUUUUGGUGCAUACCUAUUGUUCUAUUCACAAGGCGAAAAAGCUCCGAGGGGCGGGGCGGUAAUGAGAAAAUGCGCCAAGUAGCAGGGCAAAAAUGCCACUUUGCGUAUGUUUUCUGAGAUACAUUGUUAUCCUAAUAUAUAGAUUUUCCGUAUAUUUCAAAAGGUAUAUUUUAAGUGUUUUUUAUGUACAUAAACUAUGUGUGAUACGUUUUUUCUGCCUCGCAUCCAUAUUAAUUAUUCCCUAUACUGAUUUUUGUGUACACUUAUAAAUGGGAUUUUGUUACAUAAGGUCACUUGAAAAUAUCUUUGUUUUCGGAUCGCCUUCAGGCUAGUGUUGUCAACAUGAGGUUUUCAUUUAAAAACAGUGCAAAAUAAAGUAUUUCAAAUUAUGAUAAAGCGUUCCAUAAGGGCGUUUGAUGCACAUCGUAAUCUGAAAUAAUUAGAGUUACAAUAUAUUGUAUAAUACUGAACAUUUUCCGAGGUGUGCUUUCUUUGAAAAUAUACGUCUUCUGCACAUUAGAGCAUGUGCAGAACAUUUGUUUUUGUCCUUUGUCGUUCCUAGGAUAUAUUCUAGGCCCAAUGUUAUUUUUAAUUUAUGUAAAUGAUAUGUCUGCUGUGGCAAAAAAAUAAACUUUUACAAUUGA